ACCUAAUAGUUUCAUACAUGAAAAAACACAAAUCUAUUUUAAGCAAAUUCUUGCUUGUCAUUUUCGUGAUUGAACAGCAGAAAACAGGGGAAGGGGAAAAAAGAUUAUACGAUUUGUAAAGAGGAGUAAAAGCAAUCGAAAUUUCAUGAGCAAAAUGUUGUGCAAAUCGGUUUUCCUAUUGGCACUCCUCUUCGGUCUCGUCGCCGCCGCGCGGCCCCAAUUCCACCACGGCCAGAAAAUAUCGAAGCUCUCCGGCGAUGCUCUGAUCCAGGCCGCAUGCGACGGCGUUAGCCUCGGCGGCGACGAAUCGGAAUGCGUAUCAACCCUGAAAUCUGCCACGCCGGAUCAAAAGGCUGAUGCUAAUGCCCUCGCCCUAUUCACCCUCAGGUUCGUAGAAAAUCACGCAGAGAACAUCACGACAGCUAUAAAAAAAAUAAGCGCAGUUCCAGACGUGGGUCCAUUUCUUCAAUCUGCUCUUACCGAUUGCAUGGAACAAUACAAUUCUCUCGACGAUUUGAUUGAGGAUGCAAACGACGCUGUUUCCUCACAUUCUUAUCCAGAUGCUCAAAAGUUCAUCAUGGCUGGCUUCUCCAGUGUCGAACUCUGCGAUUCUCAGCUCAAAGCCAGCAAUUUCGAAGAAAAAGCAGAGAACAAAACUGGAGAAGAUGUUGUGAUGGCAAGAGAUCUCACCAAAUACGUACUUCUCCACAAGAAAUUGUUGGCUGCCACUCUCAACAUUCUUACACUUGACUAAUAUAUUAACUAUGUCACUUGGUUAUUCGUGGAUACCGUCAGAGAUAUUGAUGUGUUACCAACUACACCAGAAUAUUUUUAGAAGAUACCUUCGCGGAUAAGUACAAAGAUUAGUGAAGAUCUCGAUUCCUUGUCAGAGAUAUUUUCAAAAUAGACUUCUUAUACCUAUUGGAUCGAAUUAAAGCUUAUUAUGGACGAGUUCUAAUUGAAGAAGAAGUCCUUGAUUUCUACUCUAUAUAAGUCGAGUUCUUCCUGAAGUCAGGUUCCGCUUCUUGUGCAUUUUAUCGAGCAGUUUGUGAGUGCAACAUGCUUUGUUGAGAGAACAUCAUAGAUUUGUUUUUAUGUUCUAGUAUUUCUUACUUUGCUUUUACUCUUGUCGAUAGCAAAGUAAUUUCGUUUGUCUCUAUUGUGAGUUGAAGUUUGUGGUUGUAAGGGAGUAAGUGUGUUCGUCGGGGUACACACUUAGAAGGUUAGUGUUAUCUAGCUUUCGACGUUUUACUAGUGUUGAGGUUUUGGGAAUUCGUAGAGGCAUAGAAGAUUGAGUCUUGUGUAAGUCCUGUUAUAAUUUAAUCUCUCAUAGUAAUUCGUUUUCCCUGGGAAGGCCCCCCA